AUGCCAGUUGACAGAAAUUGGUGUCAGGUGCCUGAGAUGGUAAACAAGGCUACCAAGGCAGCCAAUGAUGGCUCCCAUAUGUUUACCUUACCAAAUGGAUCUGAAUUUGAACUGUUCAUUGAUGAUGAUGGAACAGAAAGACAUGACAUACCCAUUGACCAACGGCUGAUGGAAGAAGUUGGAGGGGUCGGCCAGCCAGAGAAACUCAGGACAAAAGAUGAGGAGUCAUCGCAAGACGAGGGAGACCCAGAACAUCCCCAGGACAUGUGUGAGGCCCUCAGAUCAGACCAUGUAGCAUAUGAGUUUGUGACACACAAAAAUGGGGAGUGGAUGAGCCUGCAAGCAGAUGCACAACAAGCUCAGGAUGCCCUACAUGAGAUGAGCGAUGAACAAUGCACCAUAAUAAGGGUGCUUGCCAAUAGGCAGACACAUGUUGCCCUGAGAAUGAUGGGUGUCACAAAUAUCGACCCCGACUCCAAGGCUUAUCAACAGCAGUAUAAUAUCACUGUGGACCACCCUACCCAACACAUGAGAGUAGUGGUGACCUCGGACGGCAUAGGCAAAACUCUGAAAGAUCGGGCCAUAUUGCAGAGGUGGAGAGAAAAGAACAUCACUGAAUCUGGACGAACCCAUAUCCCUGACCAAGCAGUGAACUGGGAUAACCAGGGACAGCCAUAUGACAUGAACAAUGAUGGGCCCUUAGAAGACAACCCCCACCAGGUGGGCCAGGAGACCCAGACGACUCUAGUGGAGGUGGAGAUGGCCAUGGAUGGGAUGAAGGACCCAUACAAUGAUGUGAGGGAUACCGACAUGGGCCCCAUGACCACCAAUUCCCUCCUGGAUCGGGAGGGCACAGAGGUGGAAAUGGACCACCUCCCCCACCACCUCCAGGAGGAAGUGACAAUAGAGGGAGGAUGGGUGGAUGAGAUCACAUUGAUCCUCCACUAUGCCUCAUGUAACUUAUUACUAGAAGGAGUGAAGCCUCCCCAUCUAGACAUCAAGUCUGUGAAACCAUAUGAUGGUGACCUAUCAAUGGAAGUACUCUGGGACUGGCUCAAGAGCUUAGUAGUUCAUCUGGAGGCACAACAGCUAGGUGGUCCUGACAGAGAUUGGGAACAGAAAUUAAUUAUAGAAUCUGUCUUUAGAGGAAAGGCAAAAAGGUGGUACCAUGAUCAUAUAAUCGAGGUCGAUGGAAAUCAUGACUGGACUUUCACUACAGUGAUACUCGCAUUGAACACUAUCCUCGAAGACCACCUGAGGGUGGAACUGAAUACACUGGAUGAACUAGUGCUCUCUGUGACUCCUGCUGCACCUGCUCAAUUGGGAAACCCAAAACAGGGUGUAGGCUGGCCAUCCAGUGACAUGAGCCACCUUACAUGCUAUACAUGUGGGAAAAAGGGACACAUUAUGAGGGCAGCUCGGUCCACCAUCAGAGACAAUAUACGGGAUGAAGAUGACAUCAUUGUUGAAAGGGAAUCAGAGAGGGUCGAAUCCGACAACUCGACCUGGGACAUCCCUAGCAACAGGGAAGAAGAUAUAAGUGAUGACCCACAUUCAGUAGGCAGGUCAGAACCUGCAUGGGAUGAAGUUGAAUAUGAAGUAUACAGCAACUUCCAGGAACUGGAUGAAUACCAACCCUCAGAACAGAUGGUGGUCAUAAGGGAAAGUAACCUCGAAAUAGAGGAACCAACAGAUGAAGAGGAUGACAAGUCUGAAUAUGAGACUGCCACCAAGGAAGUGAAAGAAGAAGGAAAACACACAGUCAAGUACAUGACAACCCAGGACUUCGACACACUAAACACACCCACUCUCACACUCACACACACAGAAUCUCAGUAG